GAACUGUCUACCGGUAGAGGUCACCACGGUCAUCACGCAUGCACUCACACAGCUACAGACGUAACACGCAAGCAUGGCAAAUAUGGCCGAUCACAAGAAACCUGAGGUAUUCCAAUACCUGAGUGGAUUUGGCAAUGAAUUUGCCUCAGAAGAUCCCCGAUGCCCGAAUGCUCUGCCAAAAGGCCAGAACAACCCUCAGAAGUGUGCUUAUGGCCUUUAUGCCGAGCAGCUGUCCGGCACGGCCUUCACGGCACCUCGGGUGCACAACAAGCGAACCUGGCUGUACCGCAUCCGACCCUCUGUCCUCCACAGCCGAUUUGAGCCAGUACCACAGGGCAAUCUGACGCAUGCCUGGGACGAGUGGCAUCCAGAUCCAAAUCAGAUGCGUUGGCAUCCAUUUGCAAUUCCUGACCCUGCGUUUGCAAGUGUAGACUUUGUUGAGGGUUUGAGCACAGUUUGUGGUGCUGGAGAUUGUAAGAGUCGUAAUGGCCUAGCCAUACAUAUAUACGCCUGCAAUGCCUCCAUGGGAAACAAGUGUUUCUACGAUUCAGAUGGAGACUUCUUGAUUGUUCCCCAACAGGGUACAUUGAUGAUCCAUACAGAGUUUGGACGGAUGACGGUGGCUCCAAAUGAAAUCUGCGUCAUCCAGCAAGGGAUGCGAUUCAGCAUUGCGGUGACUGAGCCAUCACGCGGCUAUAUCUUGGAGAUCUUCAGUGGUCACUUCACGCUCCCUGACCUGGGACCCAUUGGUGCUAAUGGGCUCGCCAAUCCUCGAGACUUCCUAACACCAGCAGCCUGGUAUGAAGACCGUCUGUGUGACUACACCGUCAUCUCUAAGUACCAGGGCAAACUCUUCGCUGCCAAGCAGGACCACUCGCCGUUUGACGUUGUGGCCUGGCAUGGUAACUACUGCCCCUACAAGUAUGAUCUGGAUAACUUCAUGGUGAUCAAUGCGGUGGCAUUCGAUCAUGCUGACCCGUCCAUAUUCACCGUCCUGACCUGUCAAUCCAAUAAGCCCGGUGUGGCUGUCGCGGACUUCGUCAUCUUCCCUCCACGUUGGUCUGUGCAGGAGCACACCUUCAGGCCGCCCUACUACCACCGCAACUGCAUGAGCGAGUUCAUGGGACUUAUCAAAGGCAGAUAUGAAGCAAAGGAAGAGGGGUUCCAGGCAGGGGGUGGGACUCUACACAGCAUGAUGACCCCCCAUGGACCAGAUGCUGCCUGCUUUGAGAAGGCCUCCACUGAUGCACUGACACCGCAACGUGUGGCUGACGGAACCAUGGCAUUUAUGUUUGAGAGUUCCUUCAGCAUGGCUCUCACCAAAUGGGGAAACUUGACCUGUGAUAAGGUGGAUAAGAGGUACAAUGAAUGUUGGGAACCACUUCAGAAGCACUUCAAGCCGUCUUAAAAACACCUGUUAGAGGGAGCAGGAGAUGUGCAGUCACAGGUGCAAGAUGUUGGAAGACAUUUAAGAUACUAUUGACACACUGCAUGCCACAUUCAUCAUAAUGGUUCUUGUUGGUACUCAGUAUUUGGGGGAGUGUCCAGCAUGACAGAGGGGGGGGAGGAUUCAUGGGUCAACAAAGGACAGAUGUCAUGCAGAAGGUGGCAUAGCGGAAAAUUUUGCACUUGCAGUACAAUCUUAGGCUAUGUGCAAUAUGGGAACUCCAGAGCUUUGGCUACGUCUGUUAUCAGCACCUAUCUGUGUAUUUCCAAUGGAGUUAAGACCAAGACCUUGCUCUGGGUGCAGCCUGAGGUUAUAAAGUGCUCGCAAUUGCUAUAUAACUAUAGAGGGCGCCACAGCCCUGACAUAAAAUGACAAUCAAGUGAGGGCAUUUGCAUGUCGCUGAUGGCAGCAUGAAUUUCUUCCUGUUGACCAAUGGCAGACCUCAUAAGAAAGCACGUGGGGCACAGGGUACACGACCAGACUUCAGCAGGUAUGAAAACUACAUCGUAUAUUCUACAUAAAGAAUAUACCCAAAAAAGAAAAAUUGCCCCCAAAGGUGGUACACUACUAAAAGAUUCAAGGCUGCUGUGGAUAAACUGACCAUGUUUGAAAUUUGUUCGCUUAUGCUUGAGUGCUACAUCGGGUAGUUUAUAGGAAAGUGUGACCCUCCCACUUAGUCUCUUGUCUUUGAUGAUAGCUGUGUUGAUUUGAAUAAAAAUCAAGAUCAGUUUUACCAGACUGACAAAAAAUUUGGGAAGUAUUUUGACAAGUUAUGUGUUUUGUCAAAUGAUGCAUUUAUCUUUGGGAAGUUUACUUUUUAUGUUGUUUUGUCACUGAAAUAGACUUAUUUCCAUUAAGGCCUUUUUGCUCUGCAGCUUAUUAAGAUUAAAGGAGAGAGAGAUAUCAAAAUGAAUGUUGUUUUGCUGUUACACAUUUGGUUCAUAAACAUUCUAUAGCAGAAGUUUUCACACAUUUUCCAAAUUAGUUUUCACGUGAUCUUUAAUCAGUCAAAAAUGUCUGCCUUGCCAUCAGCUAGCAGACAGUGUUAUUCUGUACUUGCCCAAUCAAAAUAUUUGUUCCUAUUUCGGGUUCUUUUUUUCUUUGAACUAUAAAAAGGGAGAAUACAGGCGAUUCACAAUAGUGCGCCUCCAAGAGUUAGGGACAACGCGCGAAAUUUGUCGACCCUUUCUGAACGCACACUUGGUCAACAGAUUAAGCGCACUGUGUUUGGCCAACGUGUCGCAAACUCUUGGAAGUAUUUUCAAUAUUUUAUUUCAGAAUUUAUGGAAUUAUAUUUAUGUUGCUUUCUUCACUUUCGGUUGAAUGUCAUUGGACAAGAAUUGUGUUUUAUGAUUCAAAAGUGUGGGUAUGGAGAAUUUUCUGCCCCUUUAUAUAUAUAUUUUAACAGUCAUUUCUUCAAAUGUUUGUUUAUUGAUAUGCAUGGGAGUAGUAUAGAAAUUUUUCCCCAAAUCAACUGAAUAAAAAUAAAAUAUA